AGCCAUGUCUCAAGAAAGCCAUGGACUGGUAUCCCAGUAAGAGAGAACCCAAGAAAAUUCCAAAGAUCUGUAUCGACGAGGAGGACUUCGACAGAGAGGAGUUCUAUUGCGGUAACUGCGAUUGCGAAGGGGGAGGUUGCGACGGUGGCACUCAGCGCAUGGGAAGUCUGCUCGAACGCUUCAUUCAACACACCAAGGCCAGUCGCCGCCUUACCAAGCAGGCGUACGAUUCCAAGCCCAAGACCAUCCGGCUUCGCAAGAAGGCUAGUCGAGCUAUCGCGUCGUACUCGAACAGAUCUGCUGCCGACUCUAUGAAGAACCAUCGCGCUGAGCACAAGCGUGUCAUCGCCACCAACACGCUCUCCUGUUUGAUUGAUAUCAGCAAUAUUCUGCGCCACAUCGCCCAGCACGGUAUCCCUGGUUGUCAAGAACUGUGCGUCAAUGCUGCUGGCUGUCAGCAAGUUUCAGUCAGCCACGCCGGUGCCACAAAUUGUGAUGUUAGCUCUGGCCCUUCCACUGCCGCUGAGAUGCCCGUCCGGUGCGGUCCUGACAAGAUGCCUGAUGAGUGUCUCUGAGACUUACCUU